AUGUCGCUCUCGAAAAGCGAAUCCGACGUAAUCCUCAACCGAGCCAACGUCGCCCUAUCCCGCAGCCAACGGCUCGUAGCCUCAUGGCUACCACAACAAACAACAGAAGAACUAGCAAACCCCAAGACCGACGAAGAACUCCAACAAGAAGAAGAUGAAAUCUUCACUGCAGUGCCAGAGACCCCCCUCCCCCAGAAAGCAGCCGAUGGAAGCUGGAACCGCACAGAGCUGGACUCGAACGAUAAACUGCGCAAACAACUUCUCGGCAAGAACUACGAUCGCGUUAUGAAGGCCGCUGCCGAGCAGAAGGCGGCGGCUGCUGCUGCUACGGCCGCGGCUGCGGCUGCGGCUUCGUCUGCUUCGGCUGGUGUGACGAAAGCUGAAGUCGAAGAGGAGUACGAUGAAGAGGAUGGUCGGUCCGCUAUGCUUGCUAAACAGAAGAAUAAGAGGAAGGCUGGGGCUGGGGCGAAUCGUGGUGUGCAUCCUGCUGCUGCUGCGGCUGCGGCUGCGGCUGGUGAUAAAGGUGGUGAGGAGGGUGAGGGUGAGGGCGAGGGUGCGCCGGCUCCUGCGCGCUCAAAGGGCAGGAAGAAAGCAACGAGUUAUCUUGAUGAGCUUUUGGCUGAGCGUGCGAAGAAGAGAAAGAAGAGGUGA